UAGGAGACAUCUGAAAUUUAACUAUGAUCAGAAAUUCAAGUUACACAAACUUUGUUUGCUGUGCUGUUUGUAACAAAAUAAUUCCACCAUCCCCUUUGGGAAAAACCUUCAAACGGAUCCAUGAAUACAAGCCAUUUAAGACACGCUUUUACACUCACAGAGAUAUACUGGAUAUUGGGGCAAAUAUUCUGAAAAAAGAAGAGCAAUUUCAAGAGGCUGUACUCAAAGAACGUAUUGCAAAAGCAGAAGCUGAAGUAUGGGCUCAGGCUUAUGAACUCCAGAAACAAGUAGUGGAGAAAGCACUUGAAGAAGCAAAUGACAGACACAAUAUUGAAAUUCAGAUUUUGAAAGAGGAACAUCAAAGAGAUUUGCAGGAAAUGGCAGAUAAAACUAAGAAAGAGAUGUAUCAAAACAUGGAUGACGAAAUGAAGAGGGAACAUUUGGCUGCAGAACAACGCAUGGUCCAUAGAAUCCAGAGAAUUAUGAUGGAGUGCCACAGAGAGAAGGUGGAGGCUGUGAAGAAUGCCAGGGCUGAAGAAAGAAAGAUUGCCCAGGAAGAACUCCAGGCCCAGAAAAGCAAGGUGAGGGAGAUACUUUUGAACACCGGAAUUAUGGUUUCUAAGGAUCAGAAGGAAAAUGUGGACCAACUAUUAAAGGCAAAAGAACAUGAAAUGAACAUCUACUAUGGCAUGGCUCAAAGGCAGAGGCAAGAAGAGAUCCAGGAAGUACUCCAAGAAGCAGAGAAAACCCAUCAGGCCACGCUUGACAAUAUGAUGGAUAAACUGGUUAACACCCAGGGGGAGCUGCUGUCCAUAGCAAAACAACUGGGAAUCAUGACAAACUGGAAAGAUUUCCUGGAGGAGGAAUUACAGGAAACCAGGGCAGCAUUUCAAAAAUACAUCAAUUAUACUUUCCCUAAGCUUUCACCAGGACAUGCCGAUUUCAUUCUGCCAGAAAGAAAGAAAACACCUUCCAAUCUUGUUACUAAGGAGAAUGAAACAACUUUUGACUAGAAAUCUUCAACUGAAAUUUCACUACAAAAGACAUCAUUCUCAAGACUAAAUAAAUGUACUCAAAAGCCAUUUAUUGAUCCCUAGUCUUGUAAGGGUACUAUUGGGCUGGAAGAAUUUUAAUGGAAAACCAAAAUCUCAUAAAGCUCAUUCUAGGUUGCAGUGAGCAACAAGUCCAAUCGAGAAAACAGUGAGAGGGGGCAAACUGGUUAGGAGGGGAAAAGUUUUCUUGGCAGAAGUCUAAACACAUGUCUGUGUCAGUCUUUAUUCAUCCUGCAUCAGACAUGUAACUGUUUCAGUACUUACUGCUGUUGAAAACAAGUAAAAGGACGUGUUUUUAGAUUGUUCCCAUUGUGGAGAGGUGUGCUAAUUUUCAGUAGAGGGAUUAUUAUUUGGUAAACUGCAGUCACAUUGUAGAAAAAAAGCAAUUUCCCUCAAAUUCAGUAGGAUAAAAUUUAAAUUCUGGGAUUACUAUAUAAAAUAAUUCAGAAAGGACUCAAUUAUAUUUGCCAGUUAUGAAAGAAAGAUAUGUAUUUAGAGGCCAGACCCCCUACCUCCAGGGAUGGGAAACCCAGGAGUGCCUUGAAUUCAUCUCCUUUGGACCAAAAGGCAGAAAACCUUUCAGUAUCAUAAUGCUCAGGACCAACCCAGGUCAACAUUUACUAAAUUAAAAUGGAAGAAAACCCAAGCCAUAAAGACUUCUCCAAAAUCUAUCCACUGUAAAGUAACAUCCUUGAGUUAUU